AUGGAGAACGUAACAAAAGGAAGAAAAAAGCCCGGGCGCAAUUGCAAUCGAGGGUGGGGACUGGCAAGGCCUGCUGCCUUGACAAUUGCACGUGUGUUUCGUUCAGCGAUCAUCGGCGCAUCGGACAGGCAUCAAAAUGGAAAGUGAACGAAGAAUUUACUCGGUUUGGUAGAUGAUUCCCACCAGGAUGUGAGGCCGUUGGCAGAAGUCUCCGGCCAGUCCGGGAAGUCUGGUUUCAGAAGGAUAGAAAAAACAGAGGAGAUGAGGCGGAAACGCACAAGGCGACCCCGAACCUCGACCACAACACAAAACACAAAACACAGACCCAGAAGCAGGGCGCGUGGUGGUCUCCGCCCGGAAAAUACCAGCAAUGCGGCCCCCAGAAGAGCAAAUGACGAGUGAAAGAAAGGGGCGCAAAGGCAGCCGAAAAGCAAUUUUAUCACGAGAGCGGCCGCCCCGUGAAGUCCCACACCGCAUCGGACAGGGCGGCUCAAAGAAACAAAAGUAGACAAGCAGACAAAAAAAGCAGGUAGGUCAAGUGACGGGCGGGCCAUUCAGUUAGUUGGGAGACUGAACUUGCGUGCGGAAGGCGAACAGCCGAUUGGGCGGCAAACGGCCCAGCUUCUCGUCACUGUGCGGCGGUGCAACAAUGGGCUGACGGUGCGGAACACUGUGACGACGCGGGGGCCCGCGCUCUAGCACUGAGCAAACGCUCCAGCAAAGAUCAAACGCCCUCAAGCUCCCGCACAGUCCACACCACCCAGCACGGCUAGGCGCCCGGGCCAUGCGCCAGCGCCCAAACCGUGUGCCUGACAAAGUGAGCCAAAGCUGACUUCACACUGAGUGAGCCACGACUGGGCCGGCCGGCUGGACCACCACCACUCUCGCCCGCCGCCUCGCCAGUUCUUUCCCCUAACCAUCGCCAACCUCAACCGACCUGGUUCGGUCAACCCACACCCGCCUUUUGACAACACCCGCCGACGUCGCCUUCGUCCAACUCGCAUCCGGAAAUCGUCGCCCAGUCGCCGGUUUUCUCUUCACAUUCAUUUCUUUAUAUCCGUAUUUUAGUUUUUCGCUUCACUUCGGGCCUGCCGAAGCGAAUCGUGCAUGACGGGUCCGCAAACCCUGGAGCGAUAGCCGUCGGCUUUCUGGCGCGCCUCGCCACCCAGGCCUGCUCUCCCCAGCGACCUGCCAGCCGCCAGCGCCCAUCGAUUCCAUCGACCCAGCGCCCGCCGACGAUCCGAAAGACGCUCGUCUACCGGGUUCGCAAGUCGUUUUUCUUGGACGAGGUCGAAUUUUUCUCCCACACUCGCACCCGUGUCCCGGCGACCCGCUCUCACGCCAGACCGACCGACCGACCGACCGACCGAACGAACGAACAAACGCACGACACCGACCGCGUGUGUUUUCUCCUUCGUCAACGACCCGCGAGAACCUGGACCCUGCUGCAUCGCCUCAUCUCGGCCAGGCAACGCCAGCACCAUGUCCUUCCAUCCUCAGACCCCGCAGAGUCCUUCGCAAUCCUCACCAAGUACGAGCGACCCGACCGCGAGUCUGAACACGUCGAUGACUUCAAUCACUUCGGCCCUCCCGACCCCUGCGCAUAGUGUCACAGGUAGUUGUAUCCCUUCCGAGAUGCACCACGACACGGCAAUCGGGGAAGAGUCCCCCCAGAAGCGCAAGCGGACGCUCGAAGAUGGCGGCGACCGGGAUCAGAAGAAGGCCCAUCUCGAGGACCGGAGGCUCGGCAUCGAAAACCUCCACCUGGACGUCGGCGAGAAGUAUCUUCUUUGCAGAUCCCAGCAUCGCACUCCCUACCCUCGAGUAUCGGAGGAUCUCUUCGAGGCGUAUGACCUGACGGGAAUUGCGGCCGAAGUCGCUCGCGUCCUGCCAAACGGCGAAAAGAACGCGAUGCGGAAAACGUACAAGGGCCACAUUAAGAAGCUGGGUGUGGUUGGCCACUUCGACUCGGUCAAGAAGGACGUGCAAGACCCGGAUAGCUUCCUGGCCCUGCUCUGGGCCCCGGCCGAGGACUGGAUCAACACCGAGGUGCACGGUAAGGAUAUCACGGCCGGACUUUCGAGCGAUGUUCUCCAGAACCUCGGCAGAGCGACGACCAUGGCCAGAGGCCCCAUUACGAAGCGAGACUGGGACUCGUCCGUCCUUGGAGAUCUGUCUUCGGACAAAGCCGCCGGGAAGACAUCGUCGGCCAAGGCGACUGCACCAAACACCCCUCUCAACCUGCCUCCCAUGAACAGACCCAAGGUCGGCCAACAACCGCCAAUUGGCGAUGCGAACCGCCCGCGGAGAGCCGGAAAGAAGCGGAGCUAUGGUGACAGCAGCUUCGAGGGCUACGGCGAAGCUUUCGCCGAUGACCAAGACGUUGGCUACUCGACCGGGGAGGGUGACGAGAGGGGAGGCCAGAAGCGCAGGAAAAAGAACCCCGGGACUCCUGGCCCGCAGCAAUUUCCUGGCGCGCCGGUGCGGCAGCAGAGCUACGGUCCUGGUAUGGUCGGGGCAUAGUGAGCUUCACCAUGGACCGCUGGCACGCUGGCAUCCUCACAUGUUGAUACUGGAGGGGGGGUAUCCUCUCAAGCGAACCACUUCGAUUUAUUGUCUUUUCGCAUCGCCGACUCGUCUUGGGGAAUGUCGCCCUGUUGGGUAAACCACCUUACCUCGACACCGCUUCCCUCUCGAACCAGAGAUUCUCCCCGAGAUGAAAGGGCCACCGAAAGGCCACAUCAAGGAGCACGACAGCGCGCAACAUAUACCCGCAUAAAAAUUUCGCACGGAAAACUUUGGUCUUUUAUUGCAUUGGGAUAUCGGAAGUGGCGCCUGGCAUCAUCUUGAGGGCUGAACUGGCUCGCCCUCUUGAUGUCUCCCGUCGACCACUCCGCAGGGGAAGGGCACAUGGGGGACGUCCUGGCUGCACUUUCUUUUUCCCUCGCCCGCAUUUUGGCUUUUUACUUGUUUCCUUGUUUCCUUGUUUCUUCUUUCAGCAUGGCGUUGGGGACUGACUGGCUCAGAGAAGCCGAUGCACUAAUGAGAGACUCGGAUAAGGGUUUGGUUUGCAGGUUGUGGAAAUAUCUCGAAAAGAGAAAGAACAAAAAAACAAUCCAAGAGACACAACACGACACCCCGGCGGAGGUGUGAGGGAGGCUGUUUCAUUCAGGUAGGCGGACGGUUGGCGGCUGGCUUCAUGGCAUCUUCUCUCAUGUUGUUACCUAUCCCUCCUCGAUAGUCCAGCUUUCCCGUCCUUUUUUUUUCCCCUUUGAUAGCAGCGGCCGCACCCUCUCAGGGUACGGUAGUCGACUCUACGGAGAUGAUAGUACUGCUUUGUCCAAAUCAAUCAAAAAGCGUUCUUGGACAUGGUUGGCCCACCGCUUGCUAUCAUGUCGUUGCAAAGCAAGAAAUA